AUGGGCAGCCGCGGGGCCCCGCCGUGCCGGCCCCCCGAGCCUCCCCCACGGCCCCGGGGCCGCUCCGCCACGCGUGGCCCCGGCACAGCCCCGGCACAGCCCCGGCACCGCCCCGGUACCACCCCGGACAUCCGCACCGCCACGCCGAGCGCGGCCCCGCAGGCCACGGGGCCGGGGCCCGCGGCCCCCGCUCUUCCGCAUCCUCCCGUCCCGGUCACGGCCCCUCCCGCCGCCGCUCCGUGUCCAUCCGGGCCCCGCCGCUCCUCCCGCCGCAUCCCCGCGCCGCUCACCCGCCUCCCGCCGGCCCGGCGGGGAGCGCACCGGGCUCUCCCCGCCCCGGCGCUCCCGGUGCUCCCGGUGCUCCCGGUGCUCCCGGUGCCCCCGGUGCCGGCCCCUCACGCCCCCCGCGGCGGGCGGAGCGGAGCGGAGCCGCCGGGCCUGGCCGGGCCCCGCCCCCGGUUCGCCGGUUCGGGGGGGCGGCCCCGCCGGAGCGGCCCCGGUCAGCGCUGGGUCCGCCCAGGAGGGGCCGAGCCGGCGCGGAGCCCUUCCCCGGCGCCGCCCUUGGGCCCCCCGCGGGUGCCCCCCUCGGCAUGUCCAGCUCCCGGGGCGGGUGGGCACGGGCACCCAGAGCCCCCCGGGCGGGCUCCCCUGCCCUGCCCUGCCCCGAUCAGCGCUGUCCGGGCCGGGGGGAGCGGAUGGCGGCCCCUGAGUCAGCCCCGCGCCGCCCACGCCCCCUCCCACGGCUGCCGCCGCACCAGCUUGUGGCAUUUCGCUCGCCGGAGACGGCGCCGCAAACACGCGCCGGUGCCAGCCGGUGCCGGUGCCGCCGCAGCCCGCGCGGCCACGCGUGUCCCCCCACGCGCGGCACCGGCGCGGGGCCCGAGCGGGGCCGGUGCAGCCCGCGCCGCACCGCCGCCCCCCGCUCUGCCCCGGGCCGGACGGCGGCACCACGGACAGCGCCGGUCCGUCCGGCACCACGAACAGCGCCGCGGUCCCGCGUGGGUGCGCGCCGCCGGCCCCCCGCCCUCCCGGCGGCUCGCCCCGUGCGGGGCUCCCGGCCCCGCCGCGCCCGCCCCGGGGGCAGCUCCCGCGGGGACCCGCCGUCCGUGGGGCACCAAAGCCCGGCGCCGGGCCAGGGAGCACGGGACAGAGGGAGGGACGGACGGACGGACGGACGGACGGACGGACGGACGGACGGACGGACGGAGGCCACCCUCCGUGUCCCGCGCUCACAGCUCCCCCCGCGAGCUCCGCGUCCUUUCCCCGCGGGGGGAGCCCGUCACACGCCCGUGUCCCCUUUGGGGUGCCCCUCCCGAGUCCCGCAGGGCGUGUCCCCGGCGGGCGCCCGCAGCGCAUCCCCCGCUGUCCCCGCUGUCCCCGCCGGAGUCCCUGUGCCCACCCCUGUCCCGCCUGGGGCGGGCCAGCCCGGGAAGGGUUAAACGGCGGGGCCGGCGCGGGGGGCGGAGCGGCCGCCCCGGGAUAAGGCGCGGCGCGGGGAGGGCUCAGCCCCACGGAGCCGCGGGCAGCGCCGCGCCGAGCCCACCCGUGCCCGAGCCCGAGCCCACCCGUGCCAUGCCCCGGGGCGGCGGCGGCUGCUGCUCCCGGCGGCGCGGCGGGGGCGAAGGGGGCGAGCAGCGCCCCCCGGCACCGGCCAUGACCCCGCGGGUGGGCAGCGCCUGA